AGUCAUCUAAUACUGUUGGAAGUGCACGAUAAUACUUUUAUAAAAGUAGCUUCACCAAGCAAUGUUUCUAUUAAUAUUUUUAAUAACGACGAUUUGGAGUAUUCCAGCUUCAGCACAGAAAUGCGAUCCACUUGAUUUUGGAAAAGGAAGUGUAGUAUGUCAAUGUAACUCUACAUACUGUGACUAUUAUCCUGAUCCUUCUCCUCCAAAUAAAGGAGAAUUUAUUUUGUACACUUCAAGCAAAGGUGGAAAACGACUUGAACGAUAUGACGGCAGAAUUUCAAACGACCUUGGAAACGGUUAUAAAAUUAAAAUUAAUGUGAAAAAAGAAUAUCAAAAAAUUGAAGGAUUCGGAGGAGCAUUUACGGAUGCCGCAUUAAUAAAUAUAAAAUCACUCAGUUCAAGUACCCAAGAUCAUUUGAUGCGAUCUUAUUUCACUUCUAAUGGAAGUAAUUACAACCUUGGUCGUGUACCUAUCGCUGGAAGUGAUUUUUCUACAAGAGGUUACACGUAUGACGAUACAGAGGGAGAUACAGCUUUAAAAAAUUUUACAUUAGCUAAAGAAGAUAUUGAAUUGAAAAUUCCAUUAAUGAAAGAAGCUUUAAAAUUGAAUCAAGAAUUAAGAUUUCUAUCAGCUUCAUGGACUGCUCCGCCAUGGAUGAAAAACCGAUAUUCAUACAAUGGAUUUAGUUACUUGCAAGAAAAAUAUUAUCAAAUCUAUGCAAAAUAUAUAGUAAAGUUUCUGGAAGAAUAUAAAAAAAAUGGUUUAGAUAUAUGGGCUGUGUCAACGGGAAAUGAACCUUUUACCUCAUUACUUCCUAUAAGUAAGAUUAAUUCUAUGUUUUGGUCAUCUGGUACUGCCUCAAAAUGGGUCAUAAAUAAUUUAGGCCCUACAUUAGAAAAAUCAAAUAGUAAUGCUACAGUUAUACUAAUGCUAGAUGAUCAAAGAAUGUCAUUGCCUUGGUAUGUGAUUGAUGUAAAGACGCGACACAGUGAAGCUUUGAAAUACAUCAAAGGGAUUGCUGUUCAUUGGUAUACUGACGAUUUUAUUCCUGCUAAAGUCCUCAGUUUAACUCAUGAUAUUGUUCCUGAAAAAUUUAUUUUGAUGACAGAAGCUUGCCUUGGUGAUCGUCCGUGGGAAAAUCCAAAAGUUAUUUUAGGAUCAUGGUCACGAGCAGAACGUUUGAUUGCAAAAUUAUUUGAAAAUUUGAAUCACUGGGUUGUGGGAUGGGUAGACUGGAAUCUUGCUUUAGAUACUAAUGGUGGUCCCAAUUGGGUUAAAAAUUAUGUAGAUGCACCAAUAAUUGUUGACGCUGGGAAAGAUGUAUUUUACAAACAACCACUGUAUUAUGCUAUGAUUCAUUUUAGUAAAUUCAUACCACGAAAUUCAAUUAACGUAAAGUCUGAAAGUAACAACAGAAAUAUUUUAUCAAUAGCAUUCAAAACUAAUAAUGGUCAUAAAACUGUUCUCUUAUAUAAUAGAAGUAAUAAGAAAAUGAAUGUAUCUGUGAUUGAUGACGAAAUCGGCAACAUAAACAUUGAACUACCAGAAUAUUCACUCCAUACUAUUUUAUAUUAA